AUGGCUUCGGCAGCAGAAACUUCAUCCGUCGAUGGCUUGGAUUCGCAAUCCUUCGACUUCAUUGUCGUCGGGGGAGGCACAGCGGGUCUUGUCAUCGCCAACCGCCUGACAGAGGACCCGAAGGUGACAGUGCUGGUCCUCGAGGCAGGAAGCAAUCGCGUCAACGAUCCUCGCAUUGCCAUCCCCGGUCUCGCAGCCAGCACCUAUUUCGAUCCGGAGUUUGACUGGUGCAUCACCAGUCCGCCCCAGAAUGGCCUGAAUGGCCGCCAGAUCGCGGAGCCUCGCGGUCGGACUCUGGGAGGCUCAUCGGCCAUCAACCUCGGGAUGGUCAUCUAUCCCAGCAAGAAGGACAUCGACUCGUGGGAGGAACUGGGCAACCCCGGCUGGAACUGGGCCUCUCUCUCCGAUUACCUGCGCAAGUCCGAAACGUAUACGCCGCCAAUUCCUGCGAUCCGCGACGAGCUAUCACUCGGCUACAUUGAUGAGACCCUCCAAGGCGGCAACGGGCCUGUCCAGAUCUCCUUUGGCGAGGGCCCCUAUCCCGCCUUCAGCGCCGCAUGGCCCAAGGUCUUUGAGAACCUCAACCAUCAGCUUACUGGCGACCCCAUCUCUGGUGUCGCGAAGGGGGCUUUUUGCAACCCGGCAACCAUCAACCCAAAGGACAAGAGCCGGAGCCAUGCCGGUGUCGCCUACUACAACGAAGAGAUCGCCAAGCGGCCCAAUCUGCGGGUUGUGACUGAGGCCUUGGUAGAAAAGAUUUUGCUGAAGGAGGCUGACGGGUCUGUCAUUGCGACCGGUGUCCAAUUCACUCCUAAAGACGGAGUCCGACGAACAGUGUCGGCUGCGACCGAAGUUGUGCUCUCGGCUGGAGCUGUCAAGAGCCCUCAACUGCUCGAACUGUCCGGUAUCGGCGGCGUAGAGCUUCUCUCCAAACACAACAUUGAAGUCCUGGUUGACAACCCGAACGUCGGCGAGAACCUGCAGGAGCACGGGUUUGUGCCGUUCAGCUGGGAGGUCGCAGACGGGCAACAGACGGCAGAGGCCCUGCGUGAUCCAGCAGUGGCCAAGAUGGCCAUGGACGCCUGGCAGCAGCACUCCGGUGCCGGUCCGCUCGGUCUGUGUCCUCUUUCGUCCGCCUACAUGACGCUUCCCUCGCUGCAGGACGGAGAGCUAGACGGGCUUCUGAAGAAAUACCUCGAGGACUAUCAGUACCCCAGCCGCCCCGGUCGGGAAUCGCAGUAUCGCAUCCUGCGCCAGAUUCUAGAGGACGACAGCGAGCCCAGCGCACAGUACACUCUCGCCCCGUUCCAGAUCACCCCUGAGAAGGGCCCGAGUCCCAAGGGGAUCUUUGGAAUGACCGAGCCGGGAUCUUUCGUCAGUAUCGUUUCUGUCCUGAACCGGCCCUUCUCUCGCGGCCAUGUUCAUUUGACCUCCAACGACCCCUAUGCGCCUCCUCUGUUCGAUCCCAAGUUCUUCUCCCAUCCGCUUGACCUGGAACUUCAUGCCCGACACACUCAAUGGCUUGAGACCCUGGCAGCGACGGAACCCAUGGCCUCUCUGAUCAAGAAGGAUGGCCGCCGUCUGCACAGCGAUAAACGCGUAGAUGACCUGGACACUACGCGACAACUGACCCGAGAUCGCAUUGUGGCACAUUACCACGUCACAGGAACGACAGCCAUGGCGCCUCGAGAGAGCGGCGGCGUGGUGGACAGCCGACUGAGGGUGUAUGGCACGAGGAAGCUGCGGGUGGUGGACGCGGGCAUCAUGCCCUUGAUCCCCAGGGGCAACAUCCAGGCCAUCGUCUUUGCGCUGGCCGAGAAGGCGGCGGAUCUGAUCAAGGAGGACCUGCUGCAUCGUUGUUAA